AUGCUUACUCAACAUCAAGAUGACAAAGAAGUCGUGAUUGCUUACAUGAGUAAAGCACUAAACAAAAAUCAACAGAACUACUCAACUACUGAAAGAGAAACAUUGGCUGUAAUAACUGCGUUAGAACAUUGGCGAUGUUACCUAGACAAUGGUAAAGAAUUUACAAUAUAUACUGACCAUGCUGCACUUAAAUGCUUUCAGAAUUUAUCGAAUCCAUCAGGAAGACUUACUCGCUGGACUUUACGCUUAUCAUGCUUUAACUUUGUCCUGAAACAUAAAAAAGGAAAGGAUAACGUUGUUCCAGAUUUAUUAUCAAGACAUAAGAACCAAGAACGUCCUGAUACACGAGAAACUUCACCUCAAGGCGUACAUCCUAUUACGAUUGAAGAACUACCUGAUCGUAAACUUGAGCACUACAACAAGAUUUUUCUCGGAUGCUCCAACAACCCAGACGCAUAUCCCAACUACACUAUCACGAAUGCAGCUGCAUCCAUUCUCCCGAUCGUCUAA